AUGCCACCAAGAAAGAGAGGCGCAGCAGUACCUGCUGCAGCUUCACAACCGCCAGCUGCACCUCCAUUGGAUGGCUGUGUCAUCUCACUGAGCGGUUCGCUCCCCGGCGGCACACAAGCAGCGAUAGAGAGCAAGUUCCUCAAGCCCUUGGGAGCUGCCCUGGCAAAGUCCAUCACGGCUGCCACGACUCAUCUCGUCACGACCGAGGACGACUACAAAAAACCAUCCACCAAAGUCUCAGCUGCCAAGGGAAAGGGCUUGCCCAUUGUCACAUUUCAGUGGCUCGAGGACACCCUUGACAAGAUGUCAAAGCUGGAUGUCGAUGACUACAGCCUUGAUAAGCCAUCAGCAGCAAGCCAGCCUGCCGCCACCUCACCUGCGCCAACAGCUGCUCCUGCCUCAACGGGUGCGAAGAAGCGCGGCGCAGCGAAGGCUGUUGAUAAUGACUCGCAAUCACAACCUCAGAAGAAGAAGAAGGGCUCAGAGGUGAAGGAUGAGCCAGCAGACGAUGUCAUGGAGGAUGCCGAGGAGAAAGAGGCCAAGGUGGCGGAAGGCCAGAUUGCGAAGUCGCUCGAUGUCAAGAUUCCCUUGGACGAAGGCGCCAGUCGAAACUACUUCAACUACACCGUCUACAUCAAUGACGACGGUGUGAUCUAUGAUGCAUCGCUGAACCAGACCAAUGCUUCAAACAACAACAAUAAGUUUUACCGGGUCCAGAUCCUACGCAAUGCUGCUGGUGACCACCGUACCUGGACACGAUGGGGACGGGUAGGCGAGUAUGGCACAGAUAAGGCUCUGGGUGAUGGCACCUUGAAAGAUGCUCUUGUCCAAUUCGACAAGAAAUUCAAAGACAAGUCUGGCUAUGCGUGGGCGGACCGAGCAAAGCCCCCGAAGUCUGGCAAGUAUGCCUUCAUUGAGAAGAGCUACGAGCCUGAUUCGGACGACGAGGACGACGAGGCCAGCACUGACAACAUCAAGGCCGAAGCCGAGGCCGAUGAGGAGGAGGUUGCAUCCAAGUUGCCCAAAGCUGUCCAAGAUCUGAUGGAGCUCAUCUUUAACCAAGAUUACUUCAACAAGACUAUGCAGGAUCUCAACUACGACGCGAAGAAGCUUCCGCUUGGCAAGUUGAGCAAAUCGACUAUUCUCAAGGGCUUCCAGGCUCUCAAAGAUCUCUCUGCACUCCUCGAUACGCCGAGCUUGGCAUCUUCCCAAUACAAUACCUCAAUGCCAGCAGCUACAGAGCAACUCUCGAACCUCUACUACACCCUGAUUCCACACUCGUUUGGUAGAAACCGGCCGCCAAUCAUCCGAGAUCAGACCAUGCUGAAGAAGGAAAUAGAACUUCUCGAAAGCUUGGGCGAUAUGAAGGAUGCUGCCGCGCUAAUGAAGGCUGAUAGAAAGGACGUGGAGAAGAUCAACCAGCUUGAUCGUCAAUUCCAGGGUCUCGGCAUGGAGGAGAUGACACCUCUCGAAAAAACAAGCACAGAGUUCAACGAGCUGAAGAACUACCUUGUGGAAACACGUGGCUUCACGCACAACGCCAAUUAUGACGUCCAGGAGAUUUUCCGCAUUGAGCGGCAAGGCGAGACUGACCGUUUCGACAAGAGCCCAUUUUCUGGACCGCCUCGCGACAGAAGACUCCUAUGGCAUGGAUCUCGCGCCACGAAUUUUGGUGGUAUUCUGAGCCAAGGUCUUCGCAUUGCGCCACCAGAAGCACCCGUCUCAGGCUACAUGUUUGGCAAGGGUAUCUACCUUGCCGAUAUGUCCAGCAAGUCGGCGAACUACUGCUGCUCAUAUAUCUCUGGCGGACACGCCUUGCUUUUGCUGUGCGAGGCCGAGCUUGGCGAUCCCAUGCAGGAGUUGACUGCUUCGUCAUACAAUGCCGGAGAGACUGCUAAGGCAAAUGACAUGAUCUCGACAUGGGGCAAGGGCAUGACGGCUCCAAGCAAGUGGAAGGACGCCGGCUGUGUGCACCCGUCUCUUCAGGGCGUGAAAAUGCCCGACACGGUGGCAGCAAAACCGGGACCGACGAACGUGCCUCAUGCCUAUCUUCAGUACAACGAAUUCAUCUGCUACGACGUGGCGCAAAUUCGACUUCGAUAUCUGCUACGGGUGAAGAUGUAA